UAUACGAAACCGCCGUAUUUCGGUUCGUGUUAAAAACGAGCGCACUGUAUUAGUAAUAGAAGUUAAUAAGGAAGUAAAUUGAACGAACUGUUCUAAUUUUGAACAUGAUCAACUAAUGCUAUUGUAAUAAUUUGUACGAUGGCAUUUAGAUGCCCAUCUGAAGCGGUGAUUUUAGAAGAAAGUUUUUAUUCUUUCCCAUUGACAUCUGUUGUAUGUAAUUUAAUUUUAACAGAAAAAGUUUUAUUUGUUGGCAUAACAACUAGAGGCAAAACAGAAGUCGAGAAAGUAUUUUUAAGUGACAUUAUUGGUUGUCAUGCAUUUCGAGGUAAAAGUGGCAAGACAAGAAAUGAAACUUUAGAGCAUUCCGCAUAUUUUUGCAUAUAUGCAUAUCCCUUGAAAACUUCUGGGGGAAUUUUAAGUAAACAACUUAGGAGAGAAAAAAGAACUCUCACUUUUUUGAUGCGAAAGCAUGACUCUGAAGACGAAAACUUUGAAAUAGUAGAUAAGUGGCAAAGAGCGAUCAACUGUCUUUUGCGAGGAAAAGCGUGUCUCUUUGAUGGAGAAGUUAGCAUUCCAGAUGUUGUUCCUACUUCUAAAAAAUUCCUUGUUCUCAUUAAUCCUAAAAGUGGUUCUGGGAAAGCAUAUCAAGUUUUUAAAGAGCGAGUCAUUCCAUUGUUUGUAGAAAGUGACACACAAUACGAAGUCCUUGUUACAGACCGUGCCAAUUGUGCGAGAGAUUACGUGAAGAAAACCGACGUCAGCCAGUGGGACGGCAUCAUCGUUGUCUCUGGCGAUGGGCUUCUUUUCGAAGUGUACAAUGGUCUCAUGGCUCGUCCCGAUUGGAAGGAAGUCGUUAAAAUACCCAUUGGAGUGAUCCCAGGUGGAUCUGGCAAUGGGCUGGCCAGAGCCAUUAAUUAUGCUGUUGGAGAACCAUAUGACGUGACAGUUGUGACACCUUCCGUGCUGAAUAUCUUAAAAGGACGUGUAGCCCCCAUGGACCUGGUCCGUGUGGAGACGCCCAAGGAAUGCUUCUAUUCUUUUCUGUCCAUCGGGUGGGGACUCAUGGCGGACAUUGACAUUGAGUCUGAGAGACUGAGGGCCCUGGGAGAAGCCCGCUUCGCUGUUUGGGGCGUCAUCCGAGCCAUCGGUUUACGCAAAUACAAGGGCAAAUUAUCUUACCUUCCCGUUAGCGGCUACAAACCUAACUGCACAAACAAAAUCGUAGCCGAGCCCAGACCCAAGCGAAGUAAGACCAUCGACUGCCAUCUUGCCUGGUCCGAAGAUUCCACUGAUCCGAAGAAAGAAGACCAGGAGCCAAUAUUUCGCUCCAAAAGCUUCGGCGCUCACGACCCCAGCUUGGACGACGAGACCGAUGUCCGGCUUCUCAAGUUCAGUUACAGCGCCGAGCAAUUCAAUGACACUUUCUUGCCUUCUGCUCAAAGUCCACCAUCGCCAGUGGAAAACAUUCCACACAUCCACUGUGACAGCACAUCAGAAGAGCCAGUCCUGGAUGAACUGGGCAUCACAAAAUACUGUCCACCGCUCGACGAACCGGUACCGGACGACUGGGUGGUCAUAGACGAUGAAUUCGUGCUUGUAUAUGCUUGCCACCAAACGCACUUGUCCACUGAUGUUCUGUUCGCCCCAGAGGCUAAGAUGGAUGACGGCAUCAUGUGGUUGAUUGUGAUAAAAGCAGGCGUUUCCAGGGCCCAAGCGAUGUACUUUUUGGCUUGCCUGCAAACUGGAGAUCAUGUGCAUAUUCCAUAUGUCGAUGUGAUCCCGGUCCAUGCUUUCCGUUUGGAACCCUUUCGUGAUGAGGGUUACCUCACCGUUGACGGUGAAGUCAUCCCUUGCUGUAAUAUUCAGGCUGAAGUGAUGCCCUCUGUGGCUCGCGUUAUGACGCGUUAAAAGAUAAGUGACCGUAUUGUUAUUGGAACUUGGAUAAUAUCGAUCGAGAAUGAAUCAACAUUGUAAUUAAGCUGACCUUUUUGUGUUAGAAUAUGAAUAUACGUUACUCCGUGAUGAUUCAGUAUUGAAAAGAAACCGUAAUUUCCAUUAAAUUGCCCCAAGAAAUGAAGAAUUAAAGUUUUUAUUUCUGUUAGUAGGUUUCUGUUCUAUAAACAAUAAUGUAUAGAUUAUACUCAGCAUAUCUUUGCAUUAAAAAAGAAAGGAAAUUAUACACUUCUAUUUAAAAAAAAUUAAU